AUCAUUGUUAUUCUCCUUAACUCUUUAAUUAGUGCUACCGAAUACUAUAUUUUUGUUGUCAUAAUUUCAAACAGUCUUCCUUUACUCCUAUACCGCACAAUAUAAUGUCCCACGUCGUUAUUAUUGGCGCCUCAUUCGCAGGUAUCCCAAUUGCCCAUUCCCUUCUUAAGGACGUCCCAUCUAUCAAAGUUACGCUAAUUAAUCCAUCACCAACGUUCUACUUCACCAUUGCUGCCCCACGAAUCCUCGCCAAGCAAGAUGCGUUCCGACCUGAGCAAUACCUGCUUCCUAUCGAAAAGGAGUUCGCCUCCUAUUCCAAGACCUCCUUCGAAUUCAUCAAAGGACGCGCCUCCUCGAUAGACGUGUCCGCCAGGACUGUCUCCAUAGAUACUGCUGAGACACAGAUCAUUUCAUAUGAUUACCUCGUCAUUGCUUCCGGCAGUACCACCGCGUCCACAAGCCAAACCAACACUGAUAGCAUUCCCUUCAAGCAAUCCAACUCAGACAACAUGGAAACCUUGAUUCAAGCCGCCCAAGGCCGCAUUAAGACCUCUCAGAGCAUUGUCAUCGGCGGUGCGGGUCCCAUUGGUGUUGAACUUGCUGGUGAACUCGCCGAGGCUGCUCACUUGGCCGGAGGGAAAGUGAAUAUCACGCUCGUGUCCGCCUCCGAUCGCAUCUUACCCAUGUUGAAACCAGCUGGGAGCACCGCAGCAGAAAAGCUUCUUGUUGCCCAGGGCGUGAGAGUCUUGACGAAUCAAAAGGUCGCUGGUGCAAUGCAGAGCUCGGAUUCGGGGAAAUGGAAGGUUACGCUGAGCAACGGCGGGGGCGAAUUAGACGCAGACUUGUAUAUCCCCACCACUGGGGCGUUGCCAAAUAAUGACUUCAUCCCGGUGGAGUUCCUGGAUCAGGAUGGAUGGGUUGUUGUCGAUAAGGAGCUUCGGGUCGUAGGGCGCGGUGGAGCUGGGGUGGCGUCUUUGCCGAUUUAUGCGGCGGGGGAUAUCACCAAUAACUCGAUGCGGUUAUCGUUCAAGGCACAGGAGCAGGCUGCGGUGGUGGCGAGCAAUCUGAAAGCAGAUAUUCUGAGUCAAGGAGGAAAGCGCAAGACUUAUGACCAGGGAAAUACGAUCAUGAUGAUGGUCCCGGUUGGCUCGACAGGGGGCACCGGGUUGAUCUUCGGUUGGACUCCAUGGAGUAUGAUGGUGAAGAUGGUCAAGGCGAAGGACUUUUUGAUUUCCAGGGCUCAGUCCGCUGUUGCAGCCAGGUGAAGGUGCUUAUCGAAGCAGUGAAUGACUGUCCUGGCACAACUGCACACAGCAC